AUGAGGCGUGCAUUACUUACUGUUUUGUCGCCGUCGGCGUCUGUAAGGCGUGCCAGUGUCUUUAGCCCACGCUACGAUUGGCGCACUUCGGGCGUGCACGACGUCGCUCCGAGGGACGAGGGAGAUUUCGUGUAUGCGGGGGCAGCGCAGACGCUACCGGGGGCCCACCCCCUGCCACUGUACCACCCGCAUAACACCGUUACCCGACCCUUAAUUUCACCCUAUUUGCCUUCACCCCAGCGCACGCAUCCGUACUUUACCGAGCCCUUACCCGAAUUGCCGCACUUUAACACAACAAAACCGAUGGUCUACACAUGUGGGACCAUAAAACAACGGAUUAUUGUACCUGUGUUUAACCUGAAGAACGAAGUAACACACACCCGAGAGCUUGAUCCAUUUGUUUUUGGCAUGUAUCCUGAAACCGAAGAGCUCAGCAAGAAUCUCACCUACUGGUUAGUGCGAUGCCAAAAUUACGCUAGUAAAUGGGACUACGAAACACGCGAGAUUUGGCGAAAGGCCAAAAAGAAUUGGCCAAACACUGGGAUGGGGAUGCCACGUGUCGGCAAUAGGAAAAAUCACCAGUACCCGUGGGGUGGGCGCACGAAGCCAUCCAAGCCAUGGAAUAUGCUUAUGCCCACUAUGGAUGUCAAAACCUGGAGUAAGAGUAAUCGCAUGAUGUUGACCCUUAAAAUGCUACAAGGACGGUUGCAGAUUGUAGACAAACUCACUUUACCAGAGCCUACGCAAGGCUGCUAUCUGGAUCUUUGUAGCACAAUGGAGUGGGAUGUACGGCAUACGGGAGGUGGCGUUCUAUUCAUGGAUGGCGGUUCCCGCAUUUCCCCCAGCAUUGAAUUUGAUCGCUCCUUCUUUUUUGGUAGUUUCUUUAACGGUCGAAACAAGGUGGUUCGACCCACUCUGUUGUGCGAUGAGCAGUAUGAUUACAACAAGACAGCUGCUAAGCAGCGAAUGAAGGGCCCCAAGGGCCCAAAAAACCCCAUUCCCAUUAACCGUUUUAACGUCUUUGAUGCGAUGCAACACGAAAGGCUUGUUGUUACCGAAGGUGCCAUUAUGCAAUUGGAGGAGGAAAUGUACGAGCACAAGUUACGUAUCCUCCCUCCACAUAUUCGCAAUCAACUUCCAGAGCGUGGCUACCUCGAUAGCGAAACGCUUGGAAAUUGUGCUCCGUCCUUGAAGACAGUGCAGAUGGAAGCAGCUGCUCGCACAGAGGAGAUCGAAAGCACUAUGUAUCUACCUUUUGCUGACAAUCCUUACCAGUUUUGGGGCGAUGAGGCCACGGCUUCUUAUGCGGUUGAUGCUGUUGAUGGAACAAUUCAACAGUUUGUAAAUGGGUCGAAGUCAUCAUGGUCGAUGCUCUCGUAA